AUGUCUCCGUUGGUGCACGAAGAACCAACACCAGCCUUCGCCCCACCGCAACAGGUCGGACAACCACACCGACCCCCGUUUGCGGGCCCUUCAACACGCUCCAGAGGCACCGUUCGACCGCGAUCUGCUCUGUCACCAGAGCCAGAGGAGGAAGAGACGGAAAGACGGGCAGAGAAUGGGCCGCCGUCACACGGCAACAUGGGUCUCCCCGAUGGAGACAGCCAACUUUCUGGCCGGGAUCAACAGCUUCCACGCCAUGAUCAACCGGUGCGGCAGCCGCCCCACAAGCGGCGACGGCUGUAUGAAGAAGUCCUGGAGUCGCAGUUCCAGCAGAAGCAAUCUCACGGUCAGGGACUCCAUGACCAGCGACUCCCGCAGCAACCCCUGCCGUCGCAGUUCCAGCAUACGCAAUCUCAGGGCCAGGGACUCCAUGAUCAGCGACUCCCGCAGCAACCCCUGCCGUCGCAGUUCCAGCCGAUGCAAUACCACGGCCAGGGAGUCUAUAAUCAGCGACCCCCGCAGCGACUCUCGCUGUCGCAGUUCCAGCAGAUGCAAUCCUACGGCCAGGGACUCUAUGUUCAGCAAUACCCGCAGCAAUACCCGCAGCAAUACCCGCAGCAGCACCAGCAGCAGUACCCACAGCAAUACCUGCAUCUUCAACACGGACAACAACCACCGCCAGGGCCACAACCAUUCCCACCACAACCAGCACUCCCACCGCCCCCAGCCCCCCCACCAUUCCCACCACAACCAGCACUCCCACCAUUUCCAGCACCCCUACCAGCACCCCCACCAUUUCCAGCGCCCCCACAACAACAACAAGCACCGCCAGGCCCACCACCCCCGCCAGCACCUCCACCCCCGCCAGCACCACCAGCACCUCCAGGCCCCCCAGCACCACCAAACCACCAGCCAAACCACCAGCCAAACCACCAGCCAAACCACCAGCCAAACUACCAGCUAAACCACCACCACCACCACCGCCAGCAAGAAGAACCAACGUUCGACCAACAACUCCUCGCCCUCAUCCCCCUUCUCGAAGCGGGAAGAGGAGGAGGAGGAGGAGGAGCAGAUCAGCCGCCGGCGGCGCUGACGCCCGACGAAGAAGCGCUGGAGCGGCACAUCCGGGCUGAGUACGAGGCGUGGCGGACGGGGAGGAGUAGACUGGAGGAGGAAGGAGGAGGAGAGGGAGAGGGAGAGGGGGAAGAAGAAAGAGUGGAGGAGGAGGAGGAUGUGGAUGCGGAGGGGGAAGAGGAAGAGGAUGCGGAGGGGGAAGAGGAUGCGGAGGAGGACGCGGAGGGGGAGGCGGACGCGGAGGGGGAAACGGACGCGGACGCGGAGGGGGAAACGGAUGCAGAUGCGGAAGGGGAAACGGACGCGGAGGGGGAAACGGAGUGA